CCUAACGCACGUUUAUCGCUUUAUUACGGCUGUAAAUUAUUUUCUUUAAGUUUUAAUAUAUCUAGAGCGUUUAUGGUCCUUACUAAAGGAGGGGUCACCGCGCACCCAGAACUAGCGAGGUCAGUGUGUCGUUGCGCACGGUGACCCGAGGAUACAUGUGGAUUUCUCAGCGGCGGUGCCGCGCAUUUCAAGACGUCCAAACGGCGGAAUGUCACGAAGGAAGCAGUCUAACCCGAAACCUCUGAAAAGCGGUGACCCAUCAGAAGACAAUGACGCUUCAUCUCCCUCACUGUUACUGAACGCGGACGAAUCCCCCUCACCAGAUGAUUCCGAUAAAGAAGAGUCGUCGCGUCCACCACACACACCAGAAUCAGGAGGCCCCCAAGUCGUGAGUCUACCUCGAGAAGACGAACACUGCGCGGAGGAUCCGAAAAGCAAUCUUCAAGGAAUUAAACGAAGGGAGACUACUUCUGAAUACCGCCAACACCACCACCACGGUGAUGAUGAAAAACCUACACUGUCUGCAAAUCCAAUCAAACGGGAACCCGAUGAAGAUUCUGACGAGGAUAAUGACUCCUGGAGCGGUAACGCCGACUCUCCCACAAUGCAACAGCUGAUGAAGCACCUGCAGCUGCCGAACGACGUUCUCUUCCUGAAGAAGAUCAACGUCAGCAUGCACGGAAACAGCGCCGUCUGCUGGGUCGUGUGUUGCGCCAUCCCGCUGCCCAAGGGAAGCAGUCUGGGGCCUUUUCAAGGGGAGAUUACCCUAGCCGAGAAGGUCAAGGUUGGAGAUAUGAUCCUGCAGUUCAGCAGUAAAGUCAACCAACACGUGCUGGUAAACGUCACGGCUCAGUCUGGCGCGUGGCUAGCACUACUGAGACCAGGCUCCGACACAGUUCCACGAAACACAGAAAUACACCUGGAAGGCGAUCGGCUUUGGUGUGAGAUUGUCGCAGACAUGGACGUUGGUAACGAGCUUAUAGCCUCGUUUUCAUAUCACCCAGACGACCCCACCCAGUCACGUGAUCAUUCUCCGGAGCAAGUAACCCCAGCGGAACCGGAACCUCCGAAAGUGGAGGUCGCUACGCCAUCAGCCAAAGGGCCCAGAUCACCUGUAAAUCAUGCUGCUCUCAUUUAUGGCUGUCCGUUUUGUGGUGUGAGAUUCAGCAGUCCAAGGACUCUUCAAGGUCACCUUGCCUACUACUGCUCGAGAAAGCCGACUGACAGAGGCUCUUGUGACAGCUCGGACGCUGAGGAGCCAAAGACAGUUUCUCAAGAAAGUGAUAAAGUUACUGCCAAAGCUGUAGUGAAGCAGGAGAAAUUGUCAGAUCUAGAAAUGGAAGAUGGGGACGAAAAGAGGCCGAAAGUUGUUCCAAAACGACUCCAUGAGCACAACGCAGACACCGAUUCACCACAGACGAAAUGCCAAAAGACUGAGCCUCACUUCCAGUGUGAAAGCUGCUCCUAUUCCGCUGAUAAGAUAUCUAGUCUGAACCGCCACAGACGAAUACACAAUCGCAUCAGCGAUGAUGGCGACAAGCCAGACGUGAUGAGCACCCCAGUUUCUCUGAGAGACAAGUUCUGUUCCCACUGUAACAUCCAGUUUUCCUCACUCAGCACGUACAACUGCCACAAGGAAUUCUACUGCUCGAAAAACAAAGUCCAAGAAAGAUCUGAAAGCAGUCCCGUUUGUGAAAACUCUGCUGAAACUUUAUCUCCGGUAGUUUCAUUAAAUACGUCAAGAGCACAGCUGCUUGCGGGUAUGCUUCUGCAACCGGAGCAGAUAAUAUCUCAUGCAAGGGUCCAGGGCUCUGCCACGACAGUGAUAGGGCAAACCACAGUCAUCUUUGCUGCACCAAUCGUGGCCCCAAAUGGACUUGCUAGCAUGGGGAUUACCAUGCCCACUGUGAUAGUACAGCCGAUAAUGGCUCCAGCUACACAUUCUGGCAUUAUGGAGUCCAAGUUGACUUCUGUAGCACCGGUGGAUGCUCAUCAAAAAGAGAGUACCGUCGUUGAGACAUGCACGGAAAAACCAUUAGAUCUUAGUCGACCAAAAGGUGACGCAAACACAAAGACCACUACUCAUUCAGUUUCUGAUGCCAGAUCGAUUGAUUUAAGACUAAGUCCUUGCAGAGAAAACCCUCAAGUGUUGAAGAAUGUGAAAUCAGAACACAUUUCUCCCAAAUCGACAAGCACAUCUCCAAUGACAGACAUCUUUUCAGCAUCCAGCAGUCCUAGAUCUCCACAUAGUGUUCAUGUUCCUCCUAAGAUGGCCCCCUUCGUGUUGUCACCAUUUGGGACCAUUCCUAUUUCAGGACCCCCGGGACAACCCAUGGUGCCAGUGGCGUCAUCAGUUAGCAAGUGCUUAGACUGUAGUAUUGUCUUCUACAAACAUGAGAACUACUUAAUUCACAAAGAGCAUUACUGCUCGGGUAAGAAGCCCUGGACUGCAUCACCACGUAAAGCGGAAGAUAGUAGCAAUAGCAGUGAUGGUGCACGACAGACUUCACCCAUCCUCGAUGUUAUAAAGCCAGACCCUGCUUCGCCGUCUGAGACGAAUUCCAUGGGGAACGGUGAACAUAACCGAUCUUUCUCUGAAGACGACAUCACGUACAAGUUCUUCUGUAUUCCUUGCAAGAUCAAAUUCAGCUCUGCGAGCACACUGAAGGCUCACAAAGAGUUUUACUGUCCACACGGUAAAGACAGUGGCCACACUGUAAUCGUCCAGUCCCCCGCAGUGGUGGAAGAACCCAUUGAAAAGAAGGAGAAUGAGGUCGGCGAAUUUCGGUGUAGUCAGUGCGACAGUCUGUUCACCACAGCCAGGCUGCUCAAGCUGCACAUAUGUUCUGGGGACUCGACUCAGAUCCCUCUGUUGAGAUGUCCCUACUGUGACUACAUCACACAGACGGACACACGGCUCACGGACCACCUGAAGGUCCACGCGCCCACACGAGCCUUCCGGUGCACGCUGUGCGGGUAUCGAGGCAACACGGUGCGCGGCAUGCGCAUGCACGGUAAAAUGCACGUGGACGGCGGUGAGGAAUUCACCGAUGAGAACAUGGUGGUGUUCGAGGAGCCGCCGUUGAUUCCCAUCACGGUAACCACCGACAGGGCCGCCAAGGGACCCCUCAACAUGGAGGCCGAGCUGAUCCGCAUGAAGAACGAGCCCUACAAGAGACGGCGGUCGAGAAAGUCGUACGAGAAGUCGGAAAACAUCGUCCCGCCAGGAUCGACGCAGUGCUGCCCCAUGUGCGGGGACAGGUUCGCUAAUGCCAAGUUUCUCAACAUGCACAUGAAGAUACACGAGAUCGCAUCGCGCUACCAACACGAACUCCUAAUCUGCGAUCGAUGCGACUACACUGGGACGUCAAACAACGAUCUGGUAUGUCACAAGAGUCGGCUGCACGCCCAGGAACCGGUUAAAACAGACGAAGAAGAUCCGACUCCACUGGAACUGACCAAGUCUCCACUUUCAAAUACAGACAUACACACUUCAAAAGCUUCUGUGGAGGAGACUACACAGGACAACCCUACUGAUAAGGAAUCUACGUCAAUAAAACGGGAACCUGUGGACAGCGAAUUUGACAGAAUUCCUGAAGACUCCAAACACGACACGAAGCAGGAUCGUCUUAAUGGUGACAAGGAGAACAUCCUAAAGGCUGAAACGGUUCAAAAUGGUUUUCCAUCAGGCGAGUCACCAAUCAAAGAUAGUCCCUCUAGUCCCACGAAUGGGACCAGUCCCUGUUGUGUGAAUGGUAUUAGUGCUGUGAAACGUUCGGACUCUCCCGAAGAGAAAGACAAUAAAAGUGCUGCAUCACAUUCCGUCUUGUUCCAGUCAGGGGCGGUGUUUCCGUACUUCAUAAUUCCUUCUUCGUCGUCGGUUUCGUCAGCUGGAGGGAACGCGUUGUCCCCUAGAACGGUCACCACUACCGAUAAACCUGGGUACAAGUACUGUAAGAAUUGUGAUAUAAGUUUUACAUACCUGUCCACGUUCGUGGCCCAUAAGAAGUAUUACUGUACUUCUAAACCCAGUGAUGGCGACUCUUCUUCGUCCACGGCUGUAUCUUAGACACCAGAGGUGUGGGAAGCGCGUGCAUCACUGUUACAUCGUGUGGUAUCAAUUAAACACCCACAAACUCGAAACUCAGGCUCGUUUUCUGAAGCGAUUUCAGCGCUAAAAUCACCUUAAGGGCGUGACUAUUAAUGCAAUAAAGAUGAUCUUAGUGCCAAGAUCGCUUCGUAAAACGGGGCUUAGGACCCAGACGCCCGUAGGUAGGACCCAAUUAUGUACCCUGCCUCCU